AUGACGGAGACGAGACUUCAUUUAGUGCGGCACAACGAAACUCUGUUGCAAUUAUCAACAAUCGAAUUUAUCAGUCACAAAGUGCUUCGUGUGAACUACACUACCUAUGACUUGCGGCGUGCUCAGGACUCCCUCAAUCCCCGCACACAUGCAGACAUCAUGGUUCUUGCUCGUGACCAGGAAGACUCCCAUCCAUACUGGUAUGCUCGAGUUAUUGGAGUGUUUCACGUCAAUACCCGCUACAUGAGACCAGGUGCACAUCCCUCUAUAAAGCGCGUUGACUUUUUGUGGGUCCGCUGGUUUGCCCGUGACAUCACUGCACCAACAGGUUGGGCUGCAAAACGACUGCCAUGGGUUGGGUUUUACGAUGGAGAUGAUGAAUCAGCAUUUGGGUUCCUUGAUCCUGACCUUGUAGUUCGUGGUGUUCAACUUAUCCCAGCCUUUCGAUAUCAAUGUACAACUGCUCUGUUGGGACUGUCCAUUGCUCGUCAAGCAGCUGACAAGGAUGAGGAUUGGGACUGGUACUGCAUCAACAUAGAUAUGUUCAUGUGCUUUUGCGGAGGAGGUGUCGGGCACAAAACCACACGGAGAGAGACAUCCUGCUUGCUUGACGAUCGGGAUGACCUGGAUAACAGUCCAUUUCAAUGGGAGAAAGAGCACCAUCUACCUGGGUUUGACAAGGCCUUCAAAGGAGACGAGGAUAUGGAUGAGCAUGAGGAUGGAGACGAGGUGGGUGACAGCGAGGAGGAAGCAGAUGAUAGCGAGGAGACAGACAGCAUGGAUGACAAGGACGGGGAUGAAGUUCCAGCUCCCUUUGAAGUGAUGGUAGACGACACUGUUGCUGACGAGAUGGACAAAUACGGUUACUCUGGCCUUGAUCAAGUCCUCGACAAGGAUGGUGCAGGUGAAGAAACCAACAAUGAUGUUGAUGACUUUGGUCCGGAAGAUGGGGAGGAUGUGAUGAAUGAGUUCGAGGAGGAUAGCUUUGCAACCUUAUAA